AGUGCGGAGAGUGGUGGAGAGAAGAGGAGAAGGAAGAGGCCACAAGAAGAGAGGAGAGCGGCCGCAUCUCCGAGGGAACGGACGACCCCCUGGCCAGCCCUGACUCUCUGCAGACAUGAACGACAUCAAGCUCGCUUUGCUGGGCAGCGAGGGAGCUGGGAAAUCAGCUGUCCUCGUGAGGUUCCUGACCAGGCGCUUCAUCGGGGAGUACGCCUCCAACACCAAUUCCUUAUACCGUAAAAGGCUCUCCAUCGAUGGCAGACAGCUGAAUCUGGAAGUCUUUGAUCCAUGUUCUCAGAAUGUGGAAAGCAGGUGCAUCCUGGAAGAGCCGAUGGAGUGGGCUGACGGUUUUGUCGUGGUGUAUGACAUCAGCGACCGCCUAUCUUUCCUCAACGCCAAGAGCAUCCUGUGCCAGAUCAAAGAGGCUCGCAUGGAGAGCUGCAAGGGAGAGGCGGAUGUGCCCGUGUGCCUGGUUGGGAACAAGCAGGACCUGUGCCAUGCCCGGCAGGUGAGCAAGGAGGAGGGUCGCUCCCUGGCCCUGGAGCACAAGUGUCCCUUCCAGGAGGUGUCUGCGGCUGAGGACCACCAGGAGAUUUCGGGCCUUUUCAUCAAGCUCAUCCGUAGCGUGAUGGAGCACCUGAAGCAUCGGGCGGACCGCCGCCGCUACAGCGGCUCUAAAUCUAUGGCCAAGCUCAUCAACAAUGUCUUUGGAAAAAGGAGGAAAUCUGUCUGAGGCCAGGAGGCUGUGAGACUGGUGGUUUGGGGAUAGCAAGAGCAGCACCCCUUUAGAGGAUGUUGGACUCCUGAUGUCAGGACACUGAGCGAGCCA